GAAAGAACUCUUGGGAGCAAAUAAAACAACUCGGAAAUACUAAAACCCAAACCCUCGAAACUGAAUCAGAGAGAGAGAUAGAGAGACAGAGAGAGAGAAUGUUGAAGUUCCUGUCGAGAGUGAAGAUCGAGUUCAACGCAUUGGAUCCACGCACAGCGUCGUGCAUGGAGUUCUUGGCACAGUGCAACGCUCGCAAGGCGAAGGAGUCGAACCCGGCCAGUCAGGUCCUCGUCAAGCGCCGGACCGACGACGAGCCGCCCAAGAUCGCCGUCACCUUCGUAAACGGAGUCGAGGAAGUCUUCGACGCCACGUCCACGCCUGCCCAGAGCAUAACGACCAUGAUUCUCCAAAAGGGUCAGUCCCUCGAGACCGAGCAGAUGUUCCGCGAGGCCGGCGAGCCCUGGCCCGUCCUCAUUCCCGAGGAGGAGCUCCACCAGCCGGCACCGGUAACAAAGCCAAGGAAAGCAAAAGAGAAGAAGCAAUAACCGUAUUUUUGAGAUUGUAAGGGCAGUAUUUUUGAGAUUACAAGGGCACAAGUCUGAUGUACUUCAAUGGACUUGUAUCAUUGUGGUGAGGUUUUCUAUAUGCAGGAAAAUAUUCGAAUGGUGCUUUGUAUUUUGAUGCUCGUAAUUUUCACUUUGAAUGAAGAUUUUAUUUGCUUCAUGAUGAA